CUAUGUUCGGCGGUGGUAUUAUAGCCACCGGAAAAAUGUAAUGGAAGAACGAGUUUAAAAUCAGGCACAACAAGGAGAUAGGAAGGAAUCGUUCUAGCAAUAACUGUGUCCCUCUCAAAUAACCACGGAGCUUGAAAACCAGGCCGGUCGCAUUGAAAUACGACCAGGAGUGGACUGGUGGUGCGGACCUGUUUCGUGCAGUAGCCAUCUUUUUUGAGAAUGGACGGGGCGAUACGGCGGCCGGCCAGCUGUGUCUGCAUCCUGAGCCUGAGCAGCGGGCUGGUGGAGGUUGGUGGCCGGGGCUCGAUGCUCCAAACGCUGCUCCUUUUCUCAGCGUUCGGGCUGCUCCUUGGGCUGCCCGUUAUCACCGAUGCGAAGGGAUGCGACAAACCGUGCACGAAUGGGCAAUGCAACACGUCUACGGGAAACUGUGUGUGCAGCCCCGGCUGGGUCGGGGACCAAUGCCAACACUGCGGAGGAAGGUUCAGGCUGACUGGUCCCUCAGGGUUCCUGACAGACGGACCAGGGAACUACAAGUACAAGACCAAGUGCACCUGGCUGAUUGAGGGAAAGCCCGACAGCAUCCUCAGACUGAGGUUGGACCACUUUGCUACGGAGUGCAGCUGGGACCACCUGUAUGUCUACGAUGGGGACUCUAUUUACACCCCUCUACUGGCUGCCUUCAGUGGGUUGAUAGUUCCUGAGCGCUAUGGCAACGAGACGGUUCCGGAGGUGGUGUCACAGUCUGGAUACGCCCUCCUCCACUUCUUCAGCGACGCUGCUUAUAACCUGACCGGCUUCAACAUCUCCUAUAGGGUGAACACGUGUCCUAACAGCUGUUCUGGCCGAGGGGAGUGUCGCGUUGGGAACUCAACAGGUGCUGUGUAUUGUGACUGUGAUCCCAACUGGAAGGGCGAGGCCUGUGAUAUCCCAUACUGCCUGUCAGACUGUGGUUGGCCUGACAGGGGACACUGCUCUCAGGACACAAAGACAUGUCGAUGCCAGCCUGGGUGGCAAGGUCCAGACUGCUCUGUGUCCGUCCCAGCCAGCUCCUCGUUCUGGCAGAGGGAGGAGUACCCCGAGCCAGGUCUGGCCAGGGCUUCCCACAAGGCCGUAGUGGACCAGGGGGUCAUGUGGGUCGUUGGGGGUUACGUCUUCAACUCCUCAGACUACCAGAUGAUUCAAGCGUAUAACCUCAGCUCCCAUCGCUGGCUGUCCCUCAACCGCUCUGUCAACGCAGUCAUGGGACGGUACGGACACUCUCUGGCUCUACAUGAGGGGAAGAUCUACAUGUACGGAGGGAAAAUAGACUCUACUGGCAACGUGACCAGCCAGCUGUGGGUGUUCCACAUCCAGAACCAGACCUGGGUGUCCCUCUCCGCCCGAUCCCAGGAUCAGUGGGCCGUGGUGGGACACUCUGCUCAUGUCGUGCCCCCCCUGCUGGAGGGGGGUAGUCCAGUCAUGCUGGUCUUCUUCGGACACUGUCCUCUAUAUGGCUACGUCAGCCAGGUGCAGCAGUACAACAUCGCUAAGAACACGUGGAGCGCCGUGGUUACAGAUGGAGCCCUGGUGCAGGGAGGGUAUGGCCACAGCAGUGUGUUUGACCCCUCCUCCCGAGCCAUCUACAUCCACGGAGGAUACAAGGCCUUCAGCGCUAACAAGUGCGGCCUGGCCGGAGACCUGUACAAGUACGACGUGGACCGCAGCCGAUGGACGGUUCUAAAGGACAGCGGGUUUUUCCGCUACCUCCACACGGCGGUCAUUGUUAGCGGAACGAUGCUGGUGUUUGGAGGAAACACGCACAACGACACGUCCAUGAGCCACGGAGCCAAGUGCUUCUCCUCCGACUUCGUGGCCUACGACCUGGCAUGUGAUGAGUGGUCAGUGCUGUCCAGACCAGACCUCCACCAUGAUGUCAACCGCUUCGGACACACGGCCGUCUACAGUGACAGUGUGAUGUAUGUGUUUGGGGGGUUCAACAGCCUGUUGUUGAGUGAUGUCCUGAUCUACACGCCAGCCAGCUGCUCCAGUGCUCCCAGCGCUGCUGCCUGUGUCACGGCCUGGCCGGGGGUUCACUGCCUCUGGAACGCUGACCUGGGCUCCUGCCUGCCCUGGGACUCCAACCCUGGACCCCUUAAGGAGCAGACCGCCCUGGCCUCCUGUGGAACCAGAAUAUAUGUUGACAACGAUCGUUGUGACCAGUACACUGACUGCUACAGCUGUACAGCCAAUACUAACGGCUGCCAGUGGUGUGCAGUUCAGUGUGUCUCCGUGAGCUCAAACUGUACGGCUGUCUCGGGGGCCAUAGUGGAGUAUGACGUCUGUCCUAAAGACAACCCAUCAUACGUCUGCAACAAGAAGACCAGCUGUAAGAGCUGUGGUGUGGACCAGAACUGCCAGUGGGAACCUCGGAACCAGGAGUGCAUCGCUCUACCAGAGAAUAUUUGUGGUGAGAGUUGGCACCUGGUGGGUAACUCGUGUCUGAAGUUCAUCACAGCGAAGGACUCGUACGACAACGCCAAGCUGACCUGUCGGGGUCACAAUGCCGUCCUGGCCUCGUUGACCAAUCAGAAGAAGGUGGACUUCGUCCUUAAAGAGCUGCAGAUCAUGAACGUUCUGUACAAGGCCUUGGUGACUCCGUGGGUGGGGCUUAGGAAGAUCAACAUCUCCUAUUGGUGCUGGGAAGACAUGUCACCCUUCACUAACACCUCCCUCCAGUGGUUGCCGGGAGAACCCAGCGACGCCGGUUUCUGUGGUUACCUAGCAGAGCCGGCAUCCAGCGGCCUGAAGGCCCAGACCUGCAUCAACCCUGUUAACGGAUCACUGUGUGAACGAUCAGCCAAUCACAGUGCCAAGCAGUGUCGGACGCCAUGCGCCAUGCGGGCUACGUGUAGUGACUGCACCAGCAGCAGUUCAGAGUGUAUGUGGUGCAGCAACAUGAAGCAGUGUGUGGACUCUAAUGCAUACGUAGCCUCCUUCCCCUUCGGACAGUGUAUGGAGUGGUACACUAUGAACAGCUGCCCACCUGAGAACUGUUCUGGGUACAGGACGUGUGGCCAGUGUCUGGAGCAGCCGGGCUGUGGUUGGUGUACAGACCCCAGCAAUACAGGGCGUGGCCAGUGCAUGGAGGGAUCCUAUCGGGGGCCGUUCCAGACCGCAGUCCCCGCCCCCUCCACCUUGCCUGGCCCCACCUCUAGUCCUGCCUCCCAGCCGGCUCUGAACGUCAGCAUGUGUCCCUACGACACCAAGACCAGCUGGAGCUUCAUACACUGUCCAGCGUGCCAGUGUAACGGUCACAGUCAGUGUGUGAACCAGAGUGUGUGUGAGAAGUGUGAGGACCUGACAACAGGACGCCACUGUGAGAGCUGCAUCUCUGGUUACUAUGGAGACCCCACCAACGGGGGCAGCUGCCAACUGUGUAAGUGUAACGGCCAUGCCAGUAUAUGUAACCCUAACAACGGGAAGUGUUUCUGCACCACCAAGGGCGUCAAAGGAGACCGCUGUCACCUGUGCGAAGUGGAGAACCGUUACCAAGGCAACCCUCUGAAAGGAACGUGUUACUACACCCUGUUGAUAGACUACCAGUUCACCUUCAGUCUGUCUCAGGAGGACGACCGCUACUACACCGCCAUCAACUUUGUAGCCACGCCCGAGGAGCAGAAUCGUGAUCUGGUUGUUUUCAUUAACGCCUCCAAGAACUUCAACCUCAACAUCACCUGGGCCGCCAGUUUCACAGCAGGUACUCAGACAGGAGAGGAGCUCCCCAUCAGAUACAGCAGCAACAUUAAGGAGUUCAAAGACAGUUUCUCCAACGAGAACUUUGACUUCCGCAACAACCCAAACGUCACCUUCUUCGUCUAUGUCAGCAACUUCACCUGGCCCAUCAAGAUACAAAUUGCCUUCUCUCAGCACAGUAACUUCAUGGAUCUGGUGCAGUUCUUCGUCACAUUCUUCAGCUGCUUCCUGUCCCUCCUCCUUGUGGCGGCAGUCGUCUGGAAGAUCAAACAGAGCUGCUGGGCGUCACGGCGACGAGAGCAACUACUCCGUGAGAUGCAGCAGAUGGCUAGCCGGCCGUUCGCCACCAUCAACGUUGCCUUGGAAACGGACGAGGAGCCGCCGGACCUGAUUGGUGGAAACGUGAAGAUGGUCCCCAAGCCCAUCGCCCUGGAGCCGUGUUUUGGGAACAAGGCUGCUGUCCUCUCCAUCUUCGUCCGUUUACCCAGAGGCACCGGGGGCAUCCCCCCGCCCGGUCAGUCUGGGCUAACGGUGGCCUCGGCCCUGGUGGAUGUGUCUCAGCAGAUGUGUCUUGGUUACAAGGAGAAGUCAGGUGGUCUGAGGAACAGGAAGCAACAAGCCUCUGCACAGCCAUCCACCUGUAUCUGACCACACCCCCUGCCCCUGGACCCCGCCCUGCUCCACCCUAACCCCUCUCCCCGCCCCAGAGACUACAGCCCCGGA